UAAUAACUACCUGCCGAGGUGUUUCAGGCGCAUUGUUCAAUAUUCAUUCGGUAUGAAGAGUGGAGUAUUCUUCGUUGCUCUUGUGGGCGCUUUUGCUGUCGUUGCUGGGGAUCCACCUAAUAAAGAUUGUCCACUCAUGAAGGCACUGAAGGAGAGCAUCGACGCGUGCAUCGAUAAACUCAGUGAAGAAAGUGCUAAACUAAUGGAGAAAGAUCAGUUCGCCGAUAACGAGGAAAUCCGCUGCUUCCAUGCAUGCGUUAUGACUCACAGUGGCCUUAUGACCGAUGGCAAGAUGGACAUCGCGGCCCUCGAGGAAAUGCUGUCGGGGGAUCCUGAACACGAGGAGGAAGCCAGGAAAAUCACGGAGAUAAUGAAAUCGUGUAAGCCCGAAUCUGAAACGAGUGACAAUGAGUGUGAAGUGGCUGGCAACUACGUAAAAUGUUUCCAGGCGAAGAAAAUGAAUUAAUAAACGAAACCUGCACACUAAAAAUACUCAAUUAUUGUAACUUGUGGCAAUUAGAAAAUAAAAAUUCAAGCAUCAAAAGCAAAA